AUGGCAGCUGUGGUUGCCGCUGCCGCAUCCAACAGCAGCGGGACGAGCAGCUCAACAACAGCAGCAUCAAUAGCAGCAGCAGCGGCGCUUGGUGCGGCAGCCUCCAAUUUGCUGAGUGGCGGCAACAGCGGUGCCAGUGUGGACAGUGGCGAUAGCGUCGCCGUUGUCUCCGUUGACCGUCUAAAUCAAUGCAACAAAGUGGCGUCCUGUCUCUACAGCUGCCUCGGCUGUGCGCGCAACCAAAGUGCAUCAGCUUCUGCUGAAGACGACAUCAACGCCAUUGGACCAACGGUGGCAUCGUCCACGUUGCCAACGUAUCGACAAAUUGCUGGCGCUGGCAAUGGUGCCGGCUCGGCACCAGCUCGACGAGUUCCUGUCUUGUUCUCCACCAAUCGUGGCCUGUAUUUGCGUGUGGCACAGCCGCAAGUGAUGCUGCUACAACCGUUGAGCAAUGCGCCGCAACAUUAUGACAUCAGCUUUUGUGAUCUAGAGCGCUGGAGCACGAAUCGCGCCAAUGUGGUUAGCCUAGAGGACACGAUUAGCAUGUUGCAGCCACAACAGGCGCCGCAUCCACCGAGAAACAACUUUGGACUUUACAACAUGCAGCGCUAAGGCUGCUGUCUUUAAUUGCAUCCUGAAUCAACGCUUGUACAUACUUUAUGUGUGUGUGCUUACUUAAGUAACGCUUGUUUUGAUAAUCAUAUAAAUAAUAAUAAUGCUAGUUGCUAAAUCGAACUUAAUCAUGCCGUGUUGCUGGUCAGCGAUGCCAUCAGAAAUUCCAUUUUAUUGAGAAAACUCUUGCCCUCGAUUUUGUCGAAGCGCACCUGCAAAGUAUAAAUUGUUAACAAACUGCAAUGAGGAACUAAAAUACUAACUUACCUCCUUGAAAUUGCCACCAAGAUUCUCCCAGAACUUCUCCGGCACCAACGGACUGGGAAAGAAGUCCUGCCGCGGACUGCGCGCUAUAUAAACCUUAACAUCAAUCUGUGGAUCGCAGCGUAUCUGCACAGCAAUCAUGCGA